AUGAGGAGAGCAUUUGCUGAAAACCACUACAAAUUUGGAGGUCCUGAAGCUCAAACUGGGUUCGCAGCCGUGUCCAAGUUGAGAGGUCCCAAAUAUCGAGCUUUGUUUUCAGAAAAAGUGAAAAUGAAAAGUUUAUCAAAUGGGCGCCAUGACCGCCACAAGCCUGCAUGUGGAUCCGUUGCUGCCAAGAAAAACAAUUAG